AUGUCUGAGGCCACGCCUUUCUAUCCUGGAGAUGCAGCCAUCCGACUGCGAGACAACAUGGUCGCUACAUUCGCCCUUGUAACAUUCACAUUUUUACUUCCGGUACCCUCGAUACCGAGAACUUUGUGGAUACUCCUCCAUCCAAGAGAUAAUUCGUGGUGGGACCUAUUGCUUGCUCUCAUCAAUGCUGGGUUUCUUACAGUCUUCUUGUUAAACAUCGGUUACGCCACCUACUUUAUCCGUUUCCCUCGUAAAUCCCCUCCACGACCCGCGCCUGCACCAUCCCCCAUCCCUCCACCUCCAGCCCCUGCGCCCGGUUCUCCCGCCGCCUCAAUCCUACGAUCGAGUACGGGAACAGCACCACGCUCUGGAUCUAAACUUGGGCUCUCGCCAAACACAACUCCCCAACGCCAGCUUCCCUUCUCAUCCUCCAUAUCAUCAAGCAUUGCGGCCUCCGACCCAUAUAAUCUCGCAAAAUCAUACUCGCUAGGAUUCUCGGAUCCAAAUCUUUCCUUCGCGACUUCGACACCAAGUCCGACUCCGAGUCCGUUGGCGGCGUAUAAAGGAAGGAGAGGUGUGGGUGUAGCACGACCGUUGGAUGGGUCGUUACUUGCGAGGCUCACGAAGGCGUCGGAAGAUACGGAUUCGGAAGACGAAGAUGGGCCAGCUUCCCUCCUUACUCGAAGUCACAAGUGAUUUCUUGACACAAUGUCUGGAUGCUCGCCAAAUACUGAGUAUAUGGCGCUCGAUCGAGAGGCAGUGGGCGAUGGGGAUGAAGGCGGAUUCGGGUGGCGGUGGCGCGUACCUUUGUACAUUCGGUGAUGAGAGACGGAUGACCAACGACACG